UCCCUGUUGAACGUGGUUUGGCACUUCGUCUUCAACAACCUGCUCGAGGUUGUCAGUGUUCCCCUUUCCGGCCGCCAUCGCCCAUGUAAAGUUAAGGAAUGCCGCGCGGCUCCGGCAACUCAAUUGGCGCGACUUAAUAUCUGGACACAUGGCUGGGGGCAUCUUACGAGCAGUGACGAGCUGUGGGUGUGUAAGGAAACUAACGUGUCACUGCAGAUUCCACUUGCAGCCCUCCAGUGGUGACUCCUGGCCGCGCGCACCACGCCGGCACCCUAUUUCUUACCCGGAGCUCAAUGGCCGCUCCUCGCGUCGGCGGCUUAUGAAAUUAAUCUGUAUGGGCAAGUGGAGGAGAACCGCGUUUCAAAACAUGGCUCCAAUUUACCCAAGCGAUACCCAUCCACGAAGAUUUGGCCGGGAAACUGGCAAACGCCUUACCUGUGCACUUUGCAGAUAUCCUCGUAGCCCCGAAACCAUCCUGUUGACGAGUAGAGUAGACCGAGCCGACAGGGGUGAAAGGCCUGUGAUCCGUCAUGGAGCGAGGUUGGGGGAGUUGACCACAGUUAGCAAGUCUUUGAGACUCAAAAAGGAGGCUGGGGUCUGUUGGGCGGGCAAAGGCUCUCACAGCUGGAAUCUUAAGGACUGGACAUAGGCAAGGCCUGGUCCCAUCCCAAUCUUCAUUCGUUCCAGCAGACUGCAUAAAAACAACAGGAGGCG